CAGCAUCAAGCAUGAUAGAAACUUCUGUCUUUUGAUUGUUGGGCCGGCUUUUAUAUUAUAAAAAUUUACCUUUGCUUAGUAGUCGCUUAGUUAAAUUUACUAUAGUAAUCAUUUGAUUUCUCAUCUACCAAGAUGGAUGUCCGACCAAACAAUACUAUUUACAUAAACAAUCUCAAUGAAAAAAUUAAGAAAGAAGAAUUAAAAAAAUCACUCUACGCAAUAUUUUCACAGUUUGGACAAAUCUUAGAUAUAGUUGCACUGAAAACAUUGAAGAUGAGGGGUCAAGCAUUUGUUAUUUUUAAGGAAAUAUCUAGUGCAACAAACGCCCUGAGAUCCAUGCAAGGAUUUCCAUUUUAUGAUAAACCUAUGCAAAUAAACUAUUCCAAAACUGACAGUGAUAUUAUUGCCAAGAUGAAAGGUACUUUCCAAGAAAGACCAAAGAAACCAAAAAGAGUGUUAUCAGCAGCAGAAGAUGAAGCCAAGAAAGCUAAGAAGCGAGCAAAAGAACAAGCCAAAUCUGCUCCUGGAUACACACCAAGUCACAUGGGAAUGCCUGGCAAUAAUGCUGUUCCAGAGCAACCACCAAAUCAAAUUCUUUUCCUCACGAACCUACCAGAUGAAACAAGUUCUAUUAUGUUAUCAAUGUUGUUUAACCAAUUUCCUGGUUUUAAAGAAGUGCGCUUGGUUCCAAAUCGACAUGAUAUUGCUUUUGUUGAAUUUGAAAAUGAAGUACAGUCAGCUACUGCUAAAGAAGCACUUCAAGGAUUCAAGAUAACGCCAUCUCACGCGAUGAAGAUAUCUUUUGCCAAGAAGUAAAUCAGUGUGGUUUAAUAUUGAAAGAUAAACUUGAAUUAAUUUAUAGGGUGAGAUAUAAAAAUGCUUUCAAAAUCUCAAUUUUUAAAAACUCUGAACUGUUAUGAAUUAGUUUUAUUUUUCACAAUGUGCAAAAUACUACGAUUUUUUCAACUAAAGCAGAUUUUGUAAAAAGUUUACCAAGACAAUGAAUUACCUUAGUAUUAAUACUACUUGUAAAAUUUUUCUUUUAACAGGUAAAAUGGUAAACUGCAUAAAUAUGUAUAAAUUAGGUAACAAAUACCUUAGGCUUAAAUGAUAAAAACAACUUUGUAUAUGCAAAAUAAAUAUCUAUUUACAAGAAAAAA